CAUCACAAGCUUAAUAAGCCUGCCCAGGGCUUUCCUUCCAACACCCACAAGAUCGGUAAGCUUAAUCAGCUUUUACCCAUGGCAACCACAAAGCCUAGGAAUUAAGGCCUAAUUGGUAAUACCCACAAGUAUUAUGUCUUCAGUGGGCCCUGGUAGCGAGUGAAAUUUUGGGACUUGGGUGGAACUUGCAGAGUUUUACAGAUAUAUAUUUUUUUAACUCAGGGUGCGUUUGACAUUCCUAGAAGUUUGAUUUAGGCGAUAGCCGUGAACAUGCCAGGUGAAGGAGAAGGGGAUGCCUCAAAACAGGUCGAAGAGGACAAGGAAGCGAUAGUACAAUCAGAGACACCGUCAUCACCUGUAUUGGGUUCACCAUCUCUAUCAUCUCCUGGAGAACAACAACAAGGGAAUGCGGAUGGAGAUAGAGACGAAGAUGGGGACGCUUCAAUGGUUGCCGCUGAAGAAGGCAACAACAACAACAACAUUAACAUCAAUAAGGUUGAUGGAUGGGAGGAUGCUAGAGCAUGGCUAAUGACAUUGCCAAGAAGGAGAAAUGUGAUGAGGAAUGAGAUCGAAGCAUGGUUCCAAGCCAACAAGCACACACUCUCCAGAGACAUUGUCACUAUGCCUCGUCAGCAUCUCUAUAAUUACCUCAUCAACCAACACAAGCUUCUUCGGAUGGCUGAUCAGGCACAUUCCCCUCAGCACCAGAUGGAGACUGCAGAGUGGCUUGAACCUCCAACGGCUCGCUUUAAACGAAGUGACAAGUGGAAGCCUAUAUAUUCAUGGUUAGAAUCACUUGAUUGUGAGGAAAUUGUUAGAACAAAGACAAUUGUAGAGUGGCUUUCUCAAAAUCCGGAUGUGAGGGAGGAACUGGAAUCAAAGCAUUCACGAUACCACAUGAUCCAUUAUGUACAGAAGUGUCAUUCCAAAAUAUUGAAGAAAAGGGAGAAACAGCGUAAUGUUCAGAACAAUCGAAUGCGUGGACAGAUGCCAGUCAAUAGCUACCCAAUCCAAAGGGUGGACAUGGCAACUGAGCAGAAGUGCUAUGAGGCUGAUGGCUUACAGACAGACAGCAGGAAAUCUGAUGCUGCUGAGGGCAAUGUGGUUCAAAAGAGAGAACCUGAUGACGGGGAAGGUGUUCUAACAAGUCAUCUCAUUGACUUUGUGGACGACAAUCCCAUUGAGUUGAAGAAUUCUGGUAGUUGCGUGGAGGAAGAACAUGAACCUGGGACUAUGGUUUUGGCUUUACAAGCACCAGAGAUGGGUAAUGUGCCAAAACAACACUCAGGAGAUGCAAAUGACUUGUCAGUAAUGGGGAGGGAUGAAGCACAAAGAAGAUAUGAACUUCUUUCUGAACUGCAGAGUCGCCUCAUAAUCCUUAUUACAAAAUCCAAGCAGCAAGUAUUUACACCUAAUGUUUCAAGUGGUGGACUGGUCUCAGAAGGAAAUGAUGAUACUGAAGGAAGGACUAGACGCAAGUUGCGAGAUUCUGGGCAAUCUCAGUCAGAUUUAGCAAACCAUUCAAUUUCCGGACAAGCAAGGUUUAGAUCAUCAGUAGAUGGCAAAUUAGGACGGAAGCGAAAGAAAAUUAGGGAUAGCUUGGAUAUAUCGGUCCAUGCAUGGGCUCAAUGUGAAGUAUCUGAAGAUGUCAGUUCUGACAAGGGAUCCAAUAAUUCUGUACCUGAAUGCCAGACGAGUUCACAUAAAGCAGUACACACAGCAUUUUCUACAGGGUAUAGACCAAAUGUUGUUAAGUGCGUGCAGGGACGAGAGGGAGGUUUAAGUUGGCCUUUGACAUCUGUUCCAAAUGGAUACACUGGAAGGCUCCAGCGGAACUGGAAAUCAACAUUUGAGGGUUGGGACUCACUUGGAAAACAAUUCGAAGGGCCAGCAGUUUGGUUGGAGAAAAAAGCGUAUUCAUCAUGGAUCCCAACUUGGAGUUCCUACACAUCAAGUGUGGCUGUUGCACAACCUCUUGGGAGAAUGGAUCAAAGCGUUCAGAAGGUUCUAGAUGUGAGAUUUCAUCCUCAUGGAUUGCCUCAACUUGUUUGUAGCUCUAAUGAGGCUCCCAAUGAACUUCUUUUGUACAAUCUUGUCGCUGGAAGGGCAACAGAAUUGGCUGGGCAUAACUGCCAGAUACAAGCGGUUGAAUAUGCUGCAGGAGGUGCAAGCAUUGUAUCUUGUGGUUCUAAUCUAGUAAAGGUUUGGGAUUCCACUUCUGGAGCAUGUCUUUAUACAAUGGGACCAUUGGCAGAUGUUGCAGAUUCAGUUGGGCAUAAAAAGAAAAUAAAUGCCCUAACUGUUAAUCGCUGGCAAUCUUGUCUUGUGGCAACCAGUGGCAGUCAAAAUGAUGGUAAACUUCUUCUUUGGAAUGUUCUUACAGGAGAGCUUGCCACAGAUAUAAAUGUGAAUAUGAGACAAAUGCAUUCUGCCCUUCCUUCUAUAGAUGCUAUGGAGUUUUGCAAUCAAAAUCUACUUGUUUGUGGAACUGAUUCUGCAUAUGGAGGACCAGCUAUGGUGCAAGUAUGGGAUAUCGAGGCUGCUCAAGGGUGUGCUUCGUUCCCUGCAAAUGAUUCUUAUAUCACAUCUCUGAAAAUCAAUCCAGUAUGUGAUACCAUUAUUACAGGUGCUGGUGAUGGAACUGUUGGAUUAUUUGAUAUCAGAACAUGUGGGGGAAUUUCCCGACUUUCUGUAGGCUCAAACUUUGAGGUGACCUCUGUGUCCUUCAGUAGUUGUGGAACCUACUUUCAUGCUUCAAGUACAGCAAAUGCCACCUUGGUUUGGGAUACAAGGAUGAUACCAAUGAAUCCUGGUUCAAUGCCAAAGGAAAGACCUUUAAUUGUGGCUGAUCCCACAAUGCAUUCUAUGAGACCUCUGCAUUGCCUGAGCCAUGGAAAACAGAUGCCCACUGCAGAAAACGCUGGUCAACUUCCCGGGUAUGUUGAUGAAGGAGAUCAAGGUGUGAAUGAUGCUCGUUGGCUUCAUAACAUGUCAGUUUUGGUAACAGCGAGUGGUAAUGGAAGUGUUGCUAUGUGGAAUGUUACUCUUGGAAAACCCUGUAUUAGACACUUAAUCAGCCACACCCGGUGUGCUAACACAGUAGCUGUUGCUCCUAAUGACGAGUAUAUUUGUAGUGGAGGCGAUGACCAGAAAGUGGUACUAUAUCAUGAUAGAAAGGGGAGAUCCAGGACAAAGUGGCGUCUCACCCACCCUCUGUCAGAUGUCCAAAUGGAUUUAGAUGAUAUAUAGCCUAUUGUGAAGUUAGGUAUAAGGCUCCAUUGUCUAGUAUUUUUAAGAAGUAAAUAAUUAAAAAAAAAUUACAGGUAACAAGUGAAACCACAGAUUUGUCUUGUAGAGAGUUUAUUCCUGAAGAAUGGGCAAGACCGUUGAGAAACAAGCACUGGUUGUAUACAGUAUUUCUACAUUACACUUAACAAGUGAAAUCACAAGUUUAUUUAUAUAGAGAGUGUAUUUAUGAAGAUGGGUAAGACUCUUGAGAAACAGGCACUGGUUGCGUACCAUAUUUCCACAUUACAAUUCGCAAGUGGAACCACAAAUUUCUUAUGUAGAGAGUGUAUUUCUGAAGAAUGGGUAAGACUGUUGAGAAAUAGGCACUGGUUGCAUACCAUAUUUCCACAUUCAAUUGGCAAGUGGAACCACAAAUUUCUUAUGUAGGGAGUGUAUUUCUGAAGAAUGGGUAAGACUGUUGAGAAACAGGCACUGGUUGUAUGCCAUAUUUCCACAUUACAGUUUGAUGUGGUUGUAAAUUAUGUACAUUGUUAAUUAUUGCUACAUAUCUUCAGUCUACUCAAUAAAGGUUAAAAAUUCCUACAUUUUCAAGGUU